AUGUCUAAAGCAGGUCCUGGCCCCAGCGGAGUCUCUCUGAGCAGUAACCGCUCCAAAGACUUGGGCAUUGACUUUAAGAAAGGACAAACUGGACCCUCUGCUCAGCUCAGAGAAAUGGAGAAUUCUGGACCAGGACCAGGGUCUGGACGUAGACCCAAAGAUGAGCCAGGACUAAAACCGGUCUACACCAAGUCUAAAGCAGGUCCUGGCCCCAGCGGAGUCUCUCUGAGCAGUAACCGCUCCAAAGACUUGGGCAUUGACUUUAAGAAAGGACAAACUGGACCCUCUGCUCAGCUCAGGGACACAGACUGCUCCAAACCUCUGCUCAGAUCUCAGUCCUUAAACUAUGAAAAACAGAGGACGACUCAUGGACAGGUCAAACAGGAGAACCAGACUGGACCCAGAGAGGAUACGAAGAAUCCAGGGUCUCAGACUAAAAUGGACUUGGUGUUUCAGAUUCUGGAGGAGCAGGUCCAGAAGUUUGUCCAACAGCAGCUGCAGAGACUCCACAGGCUGCUGGCCUCAGAUUACCCAGAAUGCUCUGAGAGUGAGGAGGAGGAGCCCAGCAGAGAGGCUGUUCUGACCAUCGCCUUGGACUUCCUAAAGAAGAUCAACCAAGAGCAGCUGGCCCAGCGCCUGUUCAACAGAUGGAAGGAGACGACAUGCAGAGAUAAACUGAAGCGUGAUCUGCAGAAGAGGUUCAGCCACGUGUUUGAGGGUGUGGCUAAACCAGGAGAGUCCGCCCCCCUGACCCAGAUCUACACAGAGCUCUAUAUCACAGAGGGUGGAGCCUCAGAGGUCAACCAGGAACAUGAGAUCAGACACAUGGAGACCAUGUCCAGGAGAUCGGCUGCUCCAGAGAUCACCAUCAAAUGUGAAGACAUCUUUAAACCCCGCCCACACUCACCAGAGCCAAUCAGGGCGGUGCUGACGAAGGGCGUGGCCGGUGUGGGGAAAACAAUACUGACUCAGAAGUUGAGUCUGGACUGGGCUGAAGGCAAGGCGCACCAGGACCUCCAGCUGCUGUUCCCGUUCACUUUCAGAGAGCUCAAUGUGCUCAGAGACACACAGUUCAGCCUGGUGGGACUGCUGCACCACUUCUUCAGUCCAUCCAAACAUCUAUGCAGCUUCCAACAGCUUCAGGUGCUCUUCAUCUUUGACGGUCUGGACGAGUGCAGACCUCCUAUGGACUUCAGCAGAACCCAGGACCUGACCGACCCCACAGAGUCGGCCUCAGUGCACGUGCUGCUGGUAAACCUUAUCAGGGGGAGGCUGCUUCCUUCCGCUCGCCUCUGGAUAACCACGCGCCCCGCCGCGGCCAAUCAGAUCCCUGUUGAGUUCGUCUCCAUGGUGACAGAGGUGCGAGGGUUCACCGACCCACAGAAGGAGGAGUACUUCAGGAAGAAGUUCAGAGACCAGGCCGCAGCCAUCAUCUCCCACAUCAAGAGCAUCCGCAGCCUCUACAUCAUGAGUCACAUCCCGAUCUUCUGCUGGAUCCUCUCCACAGUUCUACAGAUGCCUCUGUACCAAACAGAGGAAUCAGCGCUGCCCCGGACUCUCACACAGAUGUACGUCCACUUCCUGGUGGUGCAGGCCAAAGUCCAAAACAUCAAGUAUCACCAGAGAUCAGGGGAGGACCUUCACUGGACUGAAAAGACCAAGAAGAUUGUGUGGUCUCUGGGAAAACUGGCCUUUGAGCAGCUGCAGAAAGGAAACCUGAUCUUCUACGAGUGUGACCUGAGCGAGUGUGGGCUGGACCCUGCAGAGGCCUCAGUGUACUCUGGAGUGUUCACACAGGUCUUCAAAGAGGUGCCAGGCCUGUACCAGGACAAGGUCUACUGCUUCAUACAUCUGAGUGUGCAGGAGUUUCUGGCUGCUCUUCACGUCCAUCAGACCUUCUUCAGCUCUGGAGAAAACCUGCUGGAGCCACUACACUCUGAGAGUCCAGAGCCUGAGGCAGCCUUCUACUGCUCGGCUGUGGACCAGGCCUUACAGAAUCGAAAUGGACACCUGGACCUGUUCCUGCGCUUCCUCCUGGGACUGUCCCUGCCAACCAAUCAAAGGCUACUGCAGGGUCUGCUGACUAACACAGAAAAAAAACAGAACAAGGAGACGGUGAAGUACAUCAAACAGAAGCUGAACGUAGAAGGUUUGUCUGCAGAGAGAAAACUGAACCUCCUCCACUGUCUGAACGAGAUGAACGACCUGAGUUUGGUGAAGAUGAUGCAGUGGUACAUGAGAGAAGGACUUCUCUCUGAUAGAAACAUGUCACCUGCUGAGUGGUCGACUCUGUCCUUUCUCUUACUGUCCUCAGACUCAGACCUUGAGGAGUUUGACCUGUGUAAAUACCAGGCCUCAGAGAGAGCUCUCUUGGGCCUGCUGUCGGUGGUCAGAGCCUCCACCAAAGCCCUUCUGAUUGGCUGUGGCCUGUCUCCUCACAGCUGUGGGCCGCUGGCAUCAGUCCUCAGCUCUUCCAGUCUCACACACCUGGAUCUCAGUCACAAUGACCUCCAGGAUGCAGGAGUGAAGUUGCUGUGUUCUGGACUGAAGAAGGCCCCCUGCACACUGAAGACAUUCAGUUUGUCCCUCUGUGGACUGUCCCCUCGCAGUUGUGGGUCUCUGGCCUCAGUCCUCAGCUCCUCCAGUCUCACACACCUGGAUCUCAGUCACAACGACCUCCAGGACUCAGGAGUGGAGCUGCUGUGUUCUGGACUGAAAAGCGCCCCCUGCAGACUAGAGUCGCUCAGGCUGUCUGGAUGUCUGGUCUCACAGAGGGGCGGAGCUGCUCUGGCCUCAGCUCUGAGCUCCGCCCCCUCCCACCUGCGCGAGUUAGACCUGAGCUACAACCAUCCAGGACCCUCAGCCGAGCUCCUGACCGCUCUACAGGACCAGCGCCCCCUGCUGUCUGUCAGGCUGGAUCCUGCUGGAGAGCGCUGGAUGGUCCCAGGUCUGAGGAAGUACUCCUGUGAGUUCUCUCUGGACACAAACACGGCUCACAGACACCUGCUUCUGUCUGAGGACGAUCGGACUGUGACACGUGUGAGGAAAGAACAGGAGUAUCCAGAUCAUGAGGACAGAUUCACAAAGUGGGAACAGGUCCUGAGCUGCACUGGCCUGAGGGGGCGCUAUUACUGGGAGGUGCAGUGGACCGGAGAGGUUUCUAUAGCAGUGAGUUACAGAGGGAUCAGGCGAAAAGGAAAAGGAGAGGAGUGUGGGUUUGGAAACAAUGAUCAAUCCUGGAGUCUGGUGAUCUACAAUGACCAAUACUCUGUCAAUCACAAACAUAUAUGGACAAAACUCACACAGGCUGGUAAAGUGGGCGUGGUCUCUGGCACAGUGGAUGUGGACUCUGGCAAAGGGGGCGUACCCUCUGGCACACUGGGCGUGGACUUUGGCAGAGUGGGCGUGUUCUUGGACUCUGAGGCUGGAGUUCUGUCCUUCUAUGAGGUCGGUUCUGAUGGAAAACUGUUCCAGCUCUACACCUUCAACACCACAUUCACUGAGCCUCUGUUUCCAGGGUUUGGACUGUUAUCUUAUGGUUCCUCAGUGUCUCUGGUCAAGACUCACAGCAGAAACAAGGUGGUGUAG